UGUUUUAACCGUCUGCGGCGGAGCGGCUGGUGACAGUAGCACGUUUUACCCCCGCCCUCGUGUAAUCUGUCUUUGUAAAUCUCCCUGGUGUUUCCUGGCCUCGCGCUGCGAGCUCUCCCGCUGGCGGGUAUCGUACAGCGCUGACCCGGGAGAAGCUCAGCGCGGGGGAUGUCUGAAAGCUGGAAGGAACAGCAGCAGUCGGACGGUGUCCAAGCAGGCAACGAUGAGGUACCCGCUGGCUUGGGGUGGCUUUUCGUUGGGGAACUUUUGCUUAACCUGGCGCUGCUGGCCGUGGUGGCUUACGGAGCUUUCCGAAUAUAUGUGCGCUGGAGAGGGCCAGGGGUCACCUCCACUCUGCCCCGCAUGAAGCGGAGAGACUUCAGUUUGCAGCAACUACGAGAAUACGACGGAACGCUAAACCCGCGCAUCCUUCUGGCUGUCAAUGGAAAAGUGUUCGAUGUGACGCAGGGGAGCAAGUUUUAUGGCCCUGAGGGCCCCUAUGGAAUAUUUGCUGGCAGGGAUGCUUCUAGAGGACUUGCAACAUUUCGUCUAGAUAAAGAAGCACUUAGAGAUGAAUACGAUGACUUGUCAGAUCUCAAUGCUGUACAAAUGGAAAGUGUUCGGGAAUGGGAAAUGCAAUUUAAAGAAAAGUAUGAUUAUGUAGGUCGACUGCUUAAACCAGGUGAAGAGCCGUCUGAAUACACAGACGAAGAAGAUGUACGGGAUCAUACAAAACAGGAAUGAACUUUUACUACCAAAGUCGGGGGCCUUUCAGAAAUUGUAGCCUCUUAUUCCCCAGCAUAGAAAACAAUGACCUUUUUGGCACUGUUUGUGCUGCACACAAUUCACCAGAUUUUGUACCAGAAUAUAAUAAUGUAUAAUAGUGCUAAAGAUUUUAAUACUGGGCGUUAAGAUCUCAACUGCCAUACACUCAUUUCUUUCCUUACCCUUCAAGCAAUUUUUUUUGUGAUUAGACCAUGUUGCUAAGAUGAUCCUGGAAUACUAUGUUUUAAAAUAAGUCUUGCUAUAGAUGUCUAUAUUUUAUGUUUAAAGUGAUACCAUUGUAUUUACAGGCUAUUGAAAUCCAGCAACUGUUUUAACUGUUCUGCUGCCUAAUGUCAACCAUGUAUGAUCAAUGUUGGUGACAAGGCUGGCAGUGCAGAAGAGAGAGACCCUGUUUGAACAGCAUUUCUUAUUCAUGCAGUUUUCUGGUUCUUCUCUAAUAGGUGCAUACUUUGAGAGCCUUUGCCGAUUUUCUUCCCCUGUCUUUGUCUUACUUAGUCUGCACUAGAUAAACCAAUGUUCACGCCUAAAUAUCAUAUUUUGUAUGUAGACAUCCUGGUCUGUUUCAGUUUUUGAACUCCAUUCAGAAAAUACCCACAAUGGUCAGGCUUAGUUAAUUGCUUCACUGCCACAAGGAUUGUAAAUAUAUUGCAGAGUUAGCCCUUCUGGCAGAGAAGGAACAGGUCUUUUUCCACUUAAGUCUGCACUCCUUUAUUCAAAUCAUUUUGCAUCCCUUUGCUGCUGCAGUGGUCUGGAAUACCAACCAAUGAAUAUAUUCAGAUCUCUACAGCAGCAAAGCUGUUAUGUGUGCCUUAAUUCUCUUCUAAAGACUUGAAUUGCUUUAAGGGAAAAUACCCCAACAUGUAUUAGUUUAAAGUCACUACAAGCAGCUUUGAUACUGAAGUUGAUGUGUUGUAUUGACUGGAAAACCUUGUUAUUCUUUGUAAUUAGAAUGAAAAAGGAAUCUUCAGUGUUACUGCCAUAUAAAUGAUUAUCUACAUAAAGGUAGCAUUAGAAUGGACAAUAGCAUCUCCCCACAUCAAUGCUUUAUUUUGCUUAAAAAGAGUCUAAUUUUGUUUAUGUGGUGGUGUAGUGUGUAUGUAUGUAUAUGUGUGUAUGUGUGAGGGAGUGUGAAAUAUUUUCUGCAAAUACUGUAAAUAUGGGUACAAUUUUAAUAAAGCAUGUACAAUAAACCAAAA